UGUUAUGUUUUGUAUACGAAAUGUCAAUUUGACAAAUUAAUUUAAUUAAACUGUAGUUAUAAUAAUUGUUGUUAAAAUGACCGGAAGAAGGAAUAACGCUGUUCGCAUCGAAGCGGAAAUAGAAAAGAGCCGAGAGGAUGCCAAUUGGAGAAGAGUCAUCGAAUUAUCAGAUCAACUAAAAACCAGAACCCCGAGCUUCGAAUGUCUCUCCAAUUUUCUCAUCGGCGAAGGAAAGUUGGAGAGCUAUUUAGAAGAAAAUCCUCCAAUAGAGGCUAAUUUUAGCAAAGCCGUUACAGGUUUAAGUGAUGCCAAAAAAUAUUUACUCUUAGCCGCCAAUAAUUUAGGCCGUAAGGCUGGUGUGUUCCUGGACGCACAUUUGCUUCUAGGAAAACUUCACUAUGCUUGCGGAAUGUUUGCGGAAAGUUUAGAAAAUUAUUACACUGCCGAAUUGCAUAAGUUACACGAGAAAGAAUUACCUUUACGUAGUUUGCAUAUAGUAGCUGAGUCUUUUGCCAUUAAAGGUUUAUGUUUGGAAAAAAUUAGUAGUCAAAGUAGUAGUAGAUAUAAACAAGCCGAGAGUGAAGAAGAGCUUAUUAGAAGUUUUGAAUUAGCUGCUGAUUUAGGUUUAUUGUAUCUGCAAAGGAUAGAAAAUUUGCAAUCGAGUUCUAUGACUAGUUUAUUGUAUACAGCAAGCACUGCUCCACCUAGUACACCUACGAUAACUCCAAAAGGAAUUGGCCCGGCAUUAAGUACAGCUUUGCAACAUGCUCCAAUUUUACACAUACGUGCAGGUAAAGUUGAAAAUGCUAUAGAACGAUAUAGAUCAAUGCUCAUGGCCGUAGAAAGCGCUACAACACAAUCAAUUAGACUAACUCUAGCUCGCCAAUUAGCAGAAAUUUUAUUAAGAGGUGCCUCAGGGUCUUGUUACACAUCACCUCCUAAAGUAACCAAAGGUUUUGGAGAAGGCCCUUGGAAACCCAGAAAAUAUACAUCACCUAGUCAAUUCACACCAUCUGAUGAAAACGAAGAAACUAUUUUAUUGCUUUUGAUAUCAGAAGCACUAGCUGUAAGAGAUGCUGUUUUAUCACAGUCUCCAGAAUGUAGAGAGGCCAGAAACUUGGCUUUAGGAAAGGCUACUGCCAUAUAUGAUUUAUUAACAAUAGCCACUGUUCGGUGGGGCCAAACUAGUUUACUCCAUGAUUCUUUUGAAAGAGCAAUAAAAUUUUCAUUCAAAGAAAGACAUGUUUGGAAUCAACAUGCUUUAACAUUAGGCACACUAGGGAGAUACAGGGAUGCUUUAUCAGCUUUACGUGAAGCGAUAGACUUGGCUCCUGAUGAUCCUACACCUUGCUUGUUAGCCGCAAGGAUAUGUUAUGAACACAAUCACCAGAUUGAAGAAGGUUUGAAGUUUUCAAGAAUGGCUGUGGCUCGUACGGACAAUCAACACAAUCGUGCUAUUGUGUAUGAAGGCAUUGGACUGCAGAUGCUGGCUAAUGCAACUUAUAUUAAAGCUAAGAAAGAAAAAUUACAUGAAAAGGCAUUAGCUGUAUUUGAGAAAGCUGUAAAUAAUGAUCCUAAUGAUCAUUUGGCCUAUUAUUAUUUGUCUUUGCAGUGUGCUCUGUUGAAUAGGAUUCCAUUGGCUCUGCAAUAUGUGCAGAUUGCAUUGAUGCUUCAGCCCGAAAGCUGUCCAUCGCUCCACCUAUUAGCCCUUCUACUAUCGGCCAGUGGGCGGCCUGCAGACGCCAUCAUGGCUCUCGACGCUGCCUUAAGGGAGCACCCCGACGCCUGGACUUCGUUAGAAGCACGAGCCAGGUUAGAAUUGGCAGCAGGUGAAUCAGAAAAAGCCUUAUCGACUGCUAGGGAAAUGUUGACUCUUUGGCGUGGAGCUAAGGAGGCGUGGCUCCGGUCAAGCCGGGCUGGUUCUGCUGGAGCCAUAGGCGAGGAUGAAGAAGAUGGCAUCGGAGCACCGAGCGUGGUGUACGCACAUUCUGCACAACUAUCAGAUAAGGAUUCGAGUUCACUGCAGGCAACAGCGACUGGGGGUUCCUCUUUAGCGGCAGUUAAAGUCGAACGUGCUAUGAGUGAGGCUGCUUCGUCACUGAGUUCACUUUCUCCUCAGCAACGAUUGCGUGGGCAAAGAGCCGGAUCAGGCCCUGAUGAUUGUUUUGGUCCAGUUAAUAAACUUAAGGCUUUGCAACUAGGAAUCUGGUUACUUUUGUCGGAGAUAUAUCUGUCAAUGGAUCGACCAGAUUCAGCAGAACAAUGUGUAACAGAGGCAGCUGCACUUAGACCACUUUCAAGAGGUGUCAUGCACGCCAGAGGAUCUUUACUGAAACAUGCAGGAAGGUGGCAAGAAGCAGCAGCAUUUUAUGCGAAUGCUUGUGCUAUAGAUCCUCAGAGUGCUCUCUCUCUCCGUGAACUGGGAAGUGCUCAAUGUGCUUUGGGCAGGCAUAGACUAGCCGAGAAAACGCUAAGGGAUGCCGCCAGGCUAGAACCCCGAGACCCUCGAGUGUGGUACGCCCUCGGUGAGGUUCUGGAGGCGCUCGGUGAGCAUUCGAGCGCCGCCGAUUGCAUGGCAGCCGCGCUUGAAACAGGGCGCUCCGCCCCAGUCGCCCCGUUUUCAUCGCUGACUCCUUGCUUUGAAUAAUAAAUAAGUCAGAUUGUUUAAAUUAUUAAGAUUACGUUAAUAAUACGCAGGCAGGAGUUGGGAGAUGGGCGUAUAGAUAUAAAUUAGAGUUAUAUAAUGGCAGAAUUAGACUUAAAUUAAUUGCAAAUAUAGAACCUGAGUUAUAUUGAAAUGAUGAUAUUG